AUGAUCGACGACAUCAGCAACCUCCUGGGCUCGCGCGAGCCCGUCAACGCGCUGCUCGGCUCGCGCAAGAAGCCGCAGCUCGAGGUCUUCACGGUCGAGUUCGGCGACGACGCCGUCGACGUCGCCUACUACGGCGCCACCGUGACGAGCUGGCGCACGGCGGGCCGCGAGCGGCUCUGGAUGAGCUCCCUGAGCCGCCUCGACGAGAGCGGCCCGAUCCGCGGCGGCGUGCCCGUCGCCUUCCCGCAGUUCGCGGACCAGGGCCCGCUGCCGCUGCACGGCUUCGCGCGGACGCUCCGGUGGACGCGCAUCGGCGGCGAGGGCCGCGACGACUGCGCGACGGCGACCUUCGCGCUGCGCAAAUACGGCGUGCCCGGCGGCGGCCACGACGCCCUGACGAGCGACGAGACCAUGGGCUGGGACCCCGCGUUCGAAUUGCUCUAUACCGUGUCGGUGGGCCGAAACGACGACGGCUCGCCGUUCCUCGGGCUCGAGCUCGGGGUCAAGGCGCUGACGCCCUUCGAGUUCACGACGUGCCUCCACACGUACCUGCGCUUCGACGACGUGCGCGACGUGCGGCUCGCGGGGCUGCGGGGCGUCGCCUACUACGACAAGGUCGCCGCCGAGGACCGCGUCGAGGACGAGGAUUCCAUCGCCGUCGAGCAGGCGAGCAUCGCGUCCUGCGGGUCGCGGCCGCCGGCCGCGGGCUUCGUCGACCGCAUCUACCACGAGACGCGGGGGCGGCCGCUGACGCUGACGGUCGCCGGGGGCGAAGUCUACGACCUCGAGCAGACGGCGACCUACCGCGACACGGUCGUCUUCAACCCCUGGGUCGAGGGCAAGCGCGGGCCGACGCGCGGGCCGGACUUCGACGACGACGGCUACCACUACAUGCUCUGCGUCGAGCCCGCGGUCGCGCGCGACCGCGGGCCCGUGUCGCUCGCCGCGGGCGAAUCGUGGGCGGGCAAGCAGACGAUCACGAUCCGCGCCGCGUAA